AUGGCAUGUGAAUUCCUGCAGGACAUCAGAAGCACCUUGAGCAGGUGUGAGAAGGGGACGUUACAGCAGCCAGAAGAGAUUUCUCCUGAACUGGAAGAGCAAGUCAGUGGUUUCUCCCAGAAAACUAUUGCACUACUGGAGGCUCUGAGGAAGUUCAAAGACACUCUGUCAUCUGCACUGGAGAGAAAAAGGGGGCAACCACUAGGAGCACACAGACAGGCUAAUGUGACUCUGGAUCCAGACACAGCUCAACUCCGCCUCAUCCUGUCUGAUGAUCGGAAAUGUGUGAGAUACGGAGACACACAGCAGGAUCUGCCCGACAACCCUCAGAGAUUUGACAUUGACUUCUGUGUGCUGGGCUGUGAGGGAUUCACCUCGGGGAGACAUUGCUGGGAGGUGGAGGUGGAGGAUGGGCGAUGCUGGGCUGUGGGGGUGACCAGAGAGUCUGUGAGGAGGAAGGGAGAGAUCAGCCGUAGCCCUAAGGGGGGCAUCUGGGCUCUUCAGCGGUGGGAGGGUCAGUUCCAGGUUCUCACUUCCCCUGUGAUCCCCCUGCCCCUGAGCCGGGUCCCCAGCAGGAUCUGGGUUUGUCUGGACUGUGACCGGGGGCAGGUGACAUUUAUCGAUGCUGGUGACGAGGCCCCGAUCUUCACUUUCCCGCCAGGUUCCAUCCCUGGGGAGAGAAUCAGACCCUGGCUCUGGGUGGGAUACCGAUCCCGGCUCAGACUGUGUCCCUGAGACACGCAGGGGAGGGGCGGGGGAAUAGCUCACUGGGAGCCCGGAGAUCAUCCUCUCUAGCCUCACACACCCUUGUCUCUGUGACCUCUCCCUGUGAAAUUUCUAUCAUGCCGUCUCUAUGACCCUGGAGGUUGUUUCCAGUCCCAACUCUGCACCAUCUGGACUGUCAAACCAUAGAGAGGAUUGAGUGAGCGAGGUAGAGAAGUGAAUCUCAUCAUUGCCCCAGGGAUUGUGCAGCCUGUUUGCCACUGUCCUCUAUGAGCCAGGAGGACUCUGGGGAUCCUGGGUCAGACAGUGUCACUGAGACAUGGGUGGGGAACAGCCCAAUGGGAAUGGAAAAAUGGGCUUCUCUAGCCAACUAAUCCUAGCCCCUAUGGCCUGGAGGACUCCUGUCCACCCAACCUCUGGCCUCUUAGCUCUAUGACCCCUGGAAACGCCUCCCCUCCUCCCUCCCUCCCUGCAGCAUGAGGGAGGGAGAGGGGGAAGAACUCCUGGAGCUGCAGGAAGAGAAAAGGGACCCCGAGGGGCAGAUGUG